AUGGCAGACACGGCGACCGCUGAAGGUAACAAGCCCCCGCGAUCAGUAGUAUACUGUGGAAUCUGCACUCUUCCUCCAGAAUACUGUGAAUAUGGCGGCACAACCAAAAAAUGCGAAGAAUGGCUCCAAAAGAACCACGCAGACCUCCACGCCAAACUCUACUCCGAAGAAGCCCUAUCCGCCAAUCUCUCCACUCUGAGCGUCGACGCGCAAAAACGCGCCGAAAAGGACGCCCAGAAGAAAGCAGCAAAAGCAGAAGCAGCCGAAGCCCGAGACGCAGAGAAACGCGCGACUUCGAAAAUCUAUAUCAAACGCGUCGAACGUAACAAGCGGAAAUUUGUCACCGAGGUGUCCGGGCUGGAGCAGUUUGGAUUGGAUCUGAAGAAACUUGCGAAAGAGUUUGGAAAGAAGUUCGCGACGGGGAGUUCUGUGACGAAGACUGCUGCUGGCGGGGAGGAAAUUACUGUGCAAGGGGAUGUCAGUGAUGAUGUUUUUGAUUGGUUGGUGGAGCAUUAUGAGGAUCAGAUUCCUGAGGAGAAUAUUGAGUUGAUUGAGGAUAAGAAGAAGAAGAAGGGUGAGGGGGCGUAAUGGUGGGAGGUUGGUUGUAGAUUCUCGGGAUGAGGGCGGACAUGUCAGUAUCAGGGUGUGGUGAGGUGGGUGUUGAGCGAUGGCGCUGAAGGGGUAAUGGCGAGAAGAACGAAGUAGCGACAGAGGGUUGAAGACAGUUUCGUCGUAGCUACGGCCGGAUACGAGAACGAGGAUUAUCAAGACGCACAAGUUGAAGUAUCCGGCGAGACUAAAGCAGUGUGGGCGAGUUACUGACAACAAGCGGCCUCUGGUUCGUGUUUUC